CCCCAAACCAUUUGCUUGAUCGGCUCAACCACAAUUAAUAUUGAUUAGGAAGUCUUUUCAUCCAAUGGCAGUCGACAGUGUGACCAAUUUGUCCUCACGCACACACGUUUACGAGUUGGGCCGUCGUCUGGCCCUCCUCUCCACUCAUAGAAUCUGGGCCCGCCCGGCCAAAUUUACAGCCAAUCCUCGCUUGUCGCACAAUACGCCGCCGUAUCACGCAUGUCGACGACAUUUGCUCUCCGGUGAUUCCUAAGCGCGGCAAGCGCUUUACCGCCACCACGCGCUGCUCACCCGUUUUACCUGUCCUCUGUCGGCAACGAAGGCAAUUAUUCCCCCAAAAAAAAAAAAGUUCAAAAUCCCCACUUCAUCAUCUCACCGUUCAAUCCUACACCACACUUCCACGUCAUCACCAUCAACGGUUUUGGGUGACCGCCAAAACGCCUUGGAUCCUUCACUGUGAGCGGCCGCGCAUUAUAUAUCUCCAUAAAUGAACCCAAUUUUCGGUUCAAUUUGAAGAGGAGAUUAUUACAACGAGAAACGAAAGGGACUACUGAAAGAUAGACAAAAAAGGGUUUUGGGUUGUUUCCGUUGGUCUGUAGGCAAAGGGCAAAGCCGAGGUUUUUGGACGAUUCUAUGGCGGAGCAGGAGGUGAAGAAACCGGAAGCUGAAUCCCCAGUUGUAGCUGAAGCGCCGGCGCCGCCGGCUGCCGUGGAGGAGAAGUCCAUGGUUCCCACGCCGGAAGAAGCCAAACCGGAGAAGACCCAUGAAGAAUCCCAUGCUCUGGCUGUGGUAGAAGCAAAGGCUCCAGAGCCGGUUCCGAAGAAGAUAUCGGGUGGAUCGCACGAUAGAGGCAAGUUGUGUGUUGUUGAUAGCCACCAAUAUUUCCCACCUUCUAUUAAAAGUGUUCUUGAAUUCGGUUUUGUGUGGGAUUGAGUUGUUUCUCUCAUGGUUUGGUCAUUCCUGGGUUGGCAUUGAGAGCCUCUAUCAACAUCUCUUUACUGGGUUUUUUUAUAUUUCAUCACUCCAAUGCUCUCACCUGGGACCAUCAUGUUAUGUAUGCUGUGAGGCGACUUUCUAACCAAGUGGUCUUCUUUUCUAUAUUGUUGUUACUUUCCUCAGAUGUUGCUCUUGCUGAUAUUGUGAAAGAGAAGCAGACGUGCUUCAUUAAGGCAUGGGAAGACACUGAGAAAUCCAAAGUGAACAACAAGGCUCAGAAAGAAAUCUCUGCUAUUUCUGCAUGGGAGAACACCAAGAAGUCAGCUGUGGAAGCUAAACUGAAAAAGCUCGAGGAGCAAUUGGAGAAGAAGAAGGCUGAAUAUGGGGAGAAGAUGAAGAACAAAGUGGCUCAAAUCCACAAAGAAGCUGAAGAGAAAAGAGCUAUGGUGGAAGCCAAGCGCGGGGAGGAGUUUCUGAAAGCAGAGGAAAUGGCUGCCAAAUACCGUGCCACUGGCCAAGUUCCAAAGAAGCUGCUCGGUUGCUUCUGAAAAACAAGAAGGCCAUGGAUACAAUGCAACUAUAAGAUUGAGAGCUCCUCCUUCUGUGUGUUUUACCUUCAAAACUUUUUUCACUUUUCCACCUCUAUAUACCCCCAUUUUGUGUUCCUUUCUGCCACUGAAUGACUGAACUUUGGCUAUAUAUGUUUUGUGAACGAAGAAGGUCAACCAUGUGAGCAACUGUACUUUUCUGUAAGAUCUCAUGUGUCCAUAUGUACAAAAAACGAAUGAAUCCAAGUCUGGUAUUUUACUAUUUUUCACUCAUUUACUCUUUGC